CGCAGACUCCGAGAUCCUUGCGGACCUUUUUCCGUGUAGUUCUUCCCUCCUUCCCGGCAUUCUCAUUUCCGCUUUCUCGCGGCUCUUGGGUUUUUGCACCAACUAACUUCGCGCCCAGGGGCCCAGUGACGUCAUCCUUCUGCGCCUCCCGGACACCCGCCUGGGGAUAAAGAAACAGCUCUGUCGCCCUCCUCUGUUGUUGAGCUGCUGUUCCUUAGCAAGCAUGGCGCCGUCACUGUGGAAGGGGCUAGUAGGCAUCGGCCUCUUUGCUCUCGCCCACGCUGCCUUUUCCGCUGCGCAGCAUCGUUCUUAUAUGCGAUUAACAGAAAAGGAAGAUGAAUCACUGCCAAUAGAUAUAGUACUUCAGACUCUUCUGGCCUUUGCAGUUACCUGUUAUGGUAUAGUUCAUAUUGCAGGGGAAUUUAAAGACAUGGAUGCCACUUCAGAACUAAAAAAUAAGACAUUUGAUACCUUAAGGAAUCACCCAUCCUUUUAUGUAUUUAAUCACCGUGGUCGAGUACUGUUCCGGCCUUCGGAUACAACAAAUUCUUCAAACCAAGAUGCAUUGUCCUCUAACACAUCAUUGAAGUUACGAAAACUCGAAUCACUGCGCCGUUAAGAUUUUUACAGAUUAAAUUACAGGACAGGACACAGUUGAACAGUGGAGUUUGGGGUAUAAAACACUCCUCUCAUCAGUAUUUAUAUUGAUUUUUUUCAGAUCUGGUUUUAAAAAGUGUAUGGCCCUUGUUUGUACAUUGGUUAUCCAGUCAUUAAUGGAAUAUAAAUUAUCUGUGAAAUGAAUCUUUGAUCUUUCAUAUAGAGAAUUUUUUCAUUUUAACCAAUUUACAUCUUUUGUAAAAAAAAUCACUGUUUUGAAAACAUUUUCAUGGAAAAUAGUAGUUUUUGUGAUUAUUUAUUUUCUUAGAUUUUUUUUCUUUUGCACUACAGUUUUUAGAAAUCCUUUAGGAAAUAUUGUGUGACUACUGCAUUUUGCAACACAAGAGACAUUAAAAUGGUCUUAUAAAAAAAAUCUUCCCUGAUGAGACCAAAGUGGUGACUUUGCAGCCCUAAAACGUGGCUCUGCUUUAGUUUUAGCAGAUACUUGACAGUUUUUACUUUAUCCAUGAUUUCUCACCCCACUCAUUCCCAUAUACCUUCUGCUAUCAGCUGUCUUGUUUGAUCACUUCUGAGAGUUUGUGUGCAGUGAGCAAUUUUUGUGUCAAAAAUUCUGUCCUGACAAAUUUUACAGGCUCAACUUGCUGCAAAGCUAACUGGAGUUCCCUUCUGUUAGCUGCAAAAAAUGUUUAGAUUAUGUAAUGAAGAGUAGUUGAAGAUAGACCAAAAAUGAUUUCAUUAUCUUGCCUGUGGAAAGGAAUAGAAGUCAUUAAGAAAAACUACUUAUCAUUAUUAGCAAGUUUCAUUUAUUCAAAUUCUGUUAGUUUAUUUCAUACUAUACUAGUGAACUAGUGAAAAUGAAGGAAAAUUUUCAGUAAUCUGAAAGCAGACUCGAAGGAAAUUAGAUCUAAAGAGUUGGAACUCCUAUUUAUUGUUUUAGAAAAAUAAAGUCACUGGAGAAAUUUAUUUUAGCUUCUCACAGAAUUGUGUCUUCACUGUAUGGCGCUGCAGGUGAGGAUGAAAUACAGAGUAAUUUUUUCAGAAACAAAUUUUGCUCUUAGGGAAAUUUGGUUUGCUCUAUGGGCUAAAUCCACAGGAAGCUUAUUAUUUUAUUGGUAGAGAAUAUUAGCUUUUGUUGAAUUACACAGAUAUGAAAACAUGGCUUUUCUUGAAUUGUAAAUGUGUAACGGGAAUAACUGUUAUGCAAGUGUCAAAAUGAAAUGCACUUUAGUCAAGAUUCAGGAGAUACCUUAUUACGUUUUAUUUUUGAAACAAGGCAUCACUAUCAAGGUGCCCUUAUACCUGAUGGUAUUUUGUCCCAUUAGAAAUGGAUUUCCACUCUUCUGUUCUACUUGGUAAUACACAGGAUUAUGUUACUUUGUCAUUGAUUUUUAUUCUCAGUUUUGUUUUGCCAGCUCAGCCUGUGCAACUUUUCUGUCUCAUGAGAACAAAGUUUGGAAUCUGCUGAUUACCUGAAAUAAUUUCGGAAUGUAUUAAAAGUGUGAAGUCAAGGGCUAAAGUGAUAAUAACAACAUCAAAGUAGUAUGAGAAAAACAAGCUGAUAAUAUUAAGCUUGUUAACUGUUUCCUUUCAUGAGAUUUGAUUUGGGAGAUCCCCUCGUUUUCUUCUUUUGAGCUGUCUUCUUUUCCUAAUACGUUUUCGUAACAUUGCUGCUGAGGAACAAUUUAUAUACCUUGUAAUUCACUACCCAUUUAAAGGGUGUUCCUACAGUUAUGAGACUAUAUCUGUCAAAGUUAGGAUUUUUUUUUUUGCCAGUCUGGGGCUUGAACUCAGGGCCUGGGCAUUGUGCCUGAGCUUAUUUUGUUCAAGGCUAACAC